AUGCCUCGAUGUGAGUUCUGCCGCGCUUUCUUCCUGACUCAGGAGCAAGUGCAAGUAGAGUUUCAGCCAAAUUUGGCGGUGCUCAAGCAGAAUGCAGAACAUGGCUGCGACUUUUGCCUUCUCUGCUGGACAGGUUUCCAAAGAACAUGGUCAGCGUCUACCAUUGACUCUAUCCUCAACGGCAUGGCACCAGAACACGUCCAGAAUUUCGACCCAACACUCUGGUUGGACCUCACGUUUCAAGGGGCCUGGCCAGUCAACUUCCAGCCGGAAAUACGCGUGUCAUGUGGGUUUGAGGCGGGCCGGCUCAGCAGCAUAGGGUUGGAGACGAUUGACCUCGACAUCUUCGCAAAAGAAGGGACCCCGACAAGGUCACUUGUUCCGGGGCGAAUGUUCACCGUGGACCAUGAACCCAACGGCUACCUACCGUGGAUCAAACGGUUUCUUCACGGGUGCAUGAGUUCGCACCCGGACUGCACAGUGGAGGGACGAGUCGACAUGCCGAUAAGGCUGAUUGACGUGGGCAAUCCACAGAAUGGGACUUGUCCGCGGCUUGUGAUCACCACCUCUGAUAUGCAGGAGAAAUAUCUUGCUUUGUCCUACUGUUGGGGUCCUGCAACGGAUACCUUUACGCUCAACUCGCAGACCUUUCAAGGAAUGAUUAGCGGCAUCGAUGAGUCUCGCCUGGUAGCGGCACAUCGUGACACGUUGCACCUGGCCCGUCUACUAGACAUCCAGUACGUGUGGAUCGACGCAUUGUGCAUCAUACAAGGGGACAGCAAAGAUUGGGAGCACGAGUCGAAGCGCAUGGGCAGCGUGUAUGGCAAUGCUGCCCUGACAAUCGUCGCAGGCAGGUCAGCCGACGCGCGUGAUUCUUUUCUGGCCAAUAACUACAAGCGCGCGGUUCCCGCAUGCGAACUACCGUUGCACGAAGCGCAUCUCGGAAGCGUGUCAGUUGACCUGCGGAGAUCGCGAGACUUUGGCGCUUCGGAGACACGAGGCUGGUGCCUACAGGAGAAGUACCUCAGCCGUCGCCUCGUCAUCUUUGGCAAGGAACAGAUCUACUUGUCGUGCUACCAGCGCCACUACGCCGAAGGGGGCUACGAUUGGUUCGACCCCGGCAGGGAUGCCCUUCAUGACCCUGCCUCGCUUCAUACUUCCUUUCAGACAGUCCUCCGUGCGGCUACUGGGGAUCUCGAGUCGAGAAGGGCAGUGCUCUUCCGGCACUGGGAUGCGAUACUGGGAGACUUCUCGAGGCGCCAACUCUCGAAUCCGCACGACAUCUUCGCUGGUAUUGCCUCCAUGGCAGCCACGUUCUCACAAGCUGUCGAUUCUCGAUACCUUGCUGGGGUGUGGGAGUGCGAUCUUGUCCGCAGUCUACUCUGGAUGCCAGGCUACCUCUGGGUCGGUCGACGGUUCCCGCCGCUUACGAGGCCGCAGCCGACAAGAUUCGCACCAUCUCCUGUCGUCAGGGCCCCCACGUGGUCUUGGGCAGCGGUACAGGGGGCUGUCUACAACACUCCUCGAGAUUCUUUUCAAAAUCAGAUCGCCAGGGCCAAGAAGACAAGCAAGCAGCCUAUCAAAGUAAGGCCGAGACUCCAAGACCUUGAUCGGUGGUCGGCAGACACCUCUUGCGGUGUGAGCACUUUGCACAUGCCAAAUUGCGAGCUGCAACUUCUAGGACGAGUCGUCCAAGGUAUUGUCCUGCCCGACUCGCCCACACUGGAGUUCGUGAAAGCACUCCGGAAACGACGUCAGAUCCAUCCCGUCAUGUCGCGGCAUGUACGAUUGAUGAUAACGAAGGGGUCAGAUAGAAAGGCUGUUGAGUCGGAUCCAACACUCGUUGCUGCCUUGGGGGCAUUUGAUAUCCCAGAGGAGAGCACUGAGGAAGUGUUGUGUUUGCAAUUAGCCACAGAGGCACUGGGCCUCAUGCUCCGUCGGGGAGGAGAUGGCAAGUUUCAACGCCUAGGCUUGUUCCAGCUGUACAAGUCGGACUGGUUCGAUGACGUUGACGAGACAGAUAUAAGCCUCGUAACGGCCGUUCAAGAAGGUAAGGAAGCCAAUCCCUGCCAUCCGUGGGCUCGCAACCCCCCUCGCCGCUGCACAGAGUACCUAACAUCAUGCCCCCCCUCGGCGGCAAAACAGGUCAUAGUCGUGGGCGCCGGCCCGUCCGGCCUGCUCCUCGCGCUCCUGCUCUCCAAGCACGGCAUCCCCGUGCACCUGCUCGAGGCGUCGGACCGGCUCGACGACCAGCCGCGGGCGGCGCACUACGGCCCGCCGGCGAUGCCCGACCUCUACCGGGCGGGGAUCCUGGAGGAGGUGCGCCGGCGCGGCAUGACGCUGAGCACCAUGUGCUGGCGCAGCCCGACGGACCACAGCCGCAUCGCGGGGUUCAACGCGGGGGUGCUCCGGGACAUUGACGGGCAGGACCUGCGGACGACGUGCCUCGUGCUGCAGGACCUGGACCAGCUGAUGCUCGACGAGUUCCUGACCAAGUACGGCGGCGAGGUGAGCUGGCGGCACAAGGUGCUCGACGUCGGGCAGGACGGCGGCAAGGCGUGGUGCGAGGUGGAGACGCCCGAGGGGAAGAAGAGGGUCGAGGCCGACUACGUGGUCGGGUGCGACGGGGCCAACAGCCAGGUGCGGAAGAGCCUGUUUGGGGACGACUACCCCGGCUGGACGUGGGAUCAUCAGAUUGUCGCGACCAACUUCCUCUGCUCUCGGCAGACGUACUACCCCUUCGCGGAGAAGUUUGGCUGGGAGGACGCCAACUUUAUCAUACACCCGGAGAACUUUUACAUGGCGGCGCGCAUCACCAAGGACGGCCUGUACCGCAUCACGUACGGCGAGACGCCCGGGCUGACCAAGGAGCAGCUGCGCGAGCGGCUCCCCGGCAAGUUCAGGGAGAUCCUGCCGGGCCACCCGGAGCCGGGAGACUACAAGGUGGUCAACUUUGCGCCGUACAAGAUGCACCAACGGUGCGCGUCCAAGUUCCGGGUCGGGCGGGUGAUGCUGUGCGCCGACGCGGCGCACCUGUGCAACCCGUGGGGCGGCAUGGGCAUCACGGGCGGCUUCGUCGACGUGGGCGGGCUGUACGACUGCCUGGCGGGAAUCUACGACGGGCGCGCCGACGAGUCGAUCCUGGACCUGUACAGCGAGAAGCGGAUCGACAAGUACAAGACGGUCAUCGACCCGGUCUCGACCGAGAACUUCCGCCGCGUGCACGACAGCGACCCGGCCACGCGGCUCGGGCGCGACGAGUGGCUGCAGAUGUGCAAGAGGGCGGAGACGGACGAGGACUUUGAGCGGGAGAUGCUGCUGGGCGCGAUGGCGGUGCGGUACGACUUUACGCAGCACUACAAGGACGCGGGCGACAAGAAGUGA